GAAAAGAACUGUGUUGAAUUCUACAGGUGCCUACAUAUUCAAACACCCACUCAGUUCAGUCUGGGCGGUCGAUGUAGGCGUUCAGCCCGGGUUAGAUGUUGAUCGCUGCUUGAACAUACACCAGUCAGAUCAACUUAUAACAUCAGAAAUAUCCGAUACCAUGGCUCCAGGGUUUUCCUGGGAUUGGUGGAAAAAAUUAACUUUGCUUCAAAGUUUCUACUAUGUCUGUUUCUCUAUAUGGAAAUUACACUCGGAAGCUGUUUCAAGUGUGGUGUGAGAGAGCCGAAUCUGCCAAUAAAUUAUCAUACCAGGCAGUUCCGUUUACUUUUCAUGCUAUUGAUAUAUUUCCAACCAGUUCUCAAGUGCAUGAAAUGUUGCAGUGUGCUAGUGAAUGUUCAAACCGUCAAAAUGGUGAAUAUCUCACAUUUGGAGAAUUCUGUGUCUUUGCAUCUGAAUUAAAAUCAUGUUAUGACAAAAGGAUUCCACGUCCAGUUCCAUUAUCCAAAUGUCCUAAAGAUAGACAAAGACUGCAUUCGAGAAGAAGAAGUUCUUUACCAAUGCAAAAACCAUCAAAAUAUGAAGUAUUUCUUGGAGGCUCGUGUAACCCAACAACAUGGAGGAUAGAUAUUGCAAUUCCAAUGUUAAAAAAAAUAGGAAUUACUUAUUAUAAUCCUGUAAGUGUUAUUGAAUUAUUUUUCUACAGGUUAUUUAUAAAAUAUGUAAAAGUUUUAAAAAAUUUACUCAAAAAAAAUGUUGAAAAUGCAGAAAUCAUGUUCUUUGUAAUUGAUAAUCAAACAAGGUCUGUUGCAUCCAUGAUUGAGGCAGCCCAUAUUGCAGGAACAGAUCGAAAAUUAAUAUUAGUAAUUCACGAAUUUGAAGGAAAUGAAAUAAAAGUAAUGGGAGAACGUCUCACUGAAAAAGAAUUAAAAGAUCUGAAACAAGGUCAAAGAUUUCUUCAAGAUCUUGUAGAAAGAAAAGGAAUCCCGGUAUUCCGAAACAUUCCAAAUGCACUGACAUGCGCAGCUCGUCUUAUUCGAGAAAAAAUCUAUCCCCAAGAUCUUAACGUUAAUGAUAUAGCAAAUCCAAUUAAAAUGCCUUAUGUUCAUCUAGGAGACAAAUUAAUGUAAGUAAUAUAUGCUUUCCUGUUUUUGUUUUUUUAAUAUUAAACUUUAAAUAAUUUUAAAUCUCCUGCUAAUUAUUAAAAUUAACUAGGCUUUAAGAAAUAAAUAUUCAAAUCAAAAAGCAGCAAACUAGUCUGCUGAUUAAUGCAAACUGACCAAUGUCAGAGGUAACUUUAAUAAAACUUACUAAUACAUUUGUGAUGAAAUUGCUCUUCAAUGAUACAUUCUUGUGCUGUUAUAUUGUAAUGAAUUAAUUUUUUUACUAUCAUUUCUUGUGCACAAUUUAAUUACUAUUGCAGCUUGGCUUUAAAGUUUGCCAAUCUUUUUGCAGCAAUGUAUUUAUAUAUUCAAACAAUAUUCAUGACUUCACACGUCUCAAAUUUUGAUUUGAAGGCAUCAGUCACAUAAAAAGCACAUCUUUGAGCAUUUUUCCAGCAAUGUUUUUCUUUUAUGAUAAAUGUUUUUGGCUGACUAAAGGUCUGCCAAAAGUUCUAAAUUGGAAUGUUAUCUCAUGUGAAUAAUUGUCUUCUAUAGGUUUUAAAAUUUUAAAAAUGAUGGUCACAGAAACCUAUUAGUUUCUGUGACCAUGUAUUUUCUAACUGCUUACAUAUGGGAUGGUUUUCAUUGUGACUCAAUGAUUCUGAUAGUAUUUUCAUAUGCUAUUAUAUAUUGUGGGCCCUUAGUUUGAGAAUUCUUAUUCUGUUUGUCGUAAAACAGUCUCCAGGCAGCAGAUAAGGAUUUAGUCUUUACAGAUGAAAUCAUCAAUGAAGGAUUAUUUACUUCUGUAUGUUUUUUUUCUAAUGUUCUAUUUACAAGUUAAUCAAUUUUGGUAUAUUCCAAUUUC